AUGGAAGAAAUCGUCGACGACAACAACAAAUUGAUCGAAGAAAACGUAGAUACGGAUUUAAAUGAGUUUAGUUAUAAUUUUAUUGAUAUACCAUGGGACGAUCGUACAAAAAGAAGCAAGAUAUUAAUAGUUCUACUUCUUCUAUCUAUAUUUGUUGCAACAAUGGCUUUGGUCGUCAACAACUUCGUUGCGCAUUAUAAUAGUUUUAGUCACAACAAAUCAUUUAAAAGUGACGACAUAAAUUGUAAUCUCGUUAAGGUGGACGAGUACCCUUAUGCAGCAAGAAUAUAUUCUUUAACGUCGCAGCAGUUGAUAUGCGUUGGCGCGGUAAUAAGCGAAAACUCCGUGCUGGCAAAUGAAGUUUGUCUCAAAUCUGGAACUGUGCGGUUAUUUGUUGGGAGCACGACAGAACAGUAUUGCAAAAAAGGAUUCUCAUUAGACGCUGCUGAAUUGAUACCACACGAUGGCGUCGUAUCUAAAAACUUAGUGCUUUUGUCAACUAACAAGAAAAUGUCUCUUUGCGGAAAACCUAUACAAUUUGCUGCUAAUAUGGAGAUGGACUCACACGCUUUCGUCAUUGGAAGACCGCUCCGGGGAGAUAGAUCUCUCUCCCGACAACUCGUCUCUCUAGAGGCACCUGACAACUAUACGCACAAUGGCCAGUUGAUUGAUAAUUCUCAGUCUAAUAACGUGAUAUGCGUCAAGUACCUCUCCCGAUGUCCGGUGAGGGCUGGCGAUCUAUUGGUGCAGGGCGGCCGCUUACUCGGUAUAGCUUCAACAAGUAUACAACGCAGCGUAAACAAUGAGGUGGUCUGUUUCGCUAACGUCAGUAUAAUUAAAACAAAACUGAAAGAGCUGGAUGACAGUUUAGAUUUAAAUUUAUAAUUUUUUUCAAUGAAUAAAUUUCCUAAAUAACGGACAAGUUUAAUCAUAAAGUUACAGUAUUAAAAAAAAAAAACAGUUAUACCUCA